UGUAAUGAGGAGUUUGCUCUGUGGUCCAUGGGCAGCCCCAGCCCGCCCCUUUUCUCGGUUGCUCCGUUCCCCGGGGGCUGAGUUAGCAUUUGGCUCUAGAGCUACAGCUCUUCCGAAGCUUCCCUUCCCCUUUGGGGGGAGCCAGUUACAACGGAUCGGGUCACGUGAACCGCGCAAAGCAAGUCCUCUCCAUCUAGAUCCUUCUCAACAUGGCUUUUGUUAGCAGGGCGGUGUCGGUCUCCUCCCUGCUGCUCUGCUGGCUGUCCUUCGCCUGGGAGAGCAGCAGCGCUUUGCACACCAAGGGCUCCCUACCCCUGGAUGUCAUCACCUUCUACAAGGUGAUUCCAAAGAAUAAGUUUGUCCUGGUGAAAUUUGACACCCAGUAUCCUUAUGGUGAGAAGCAAGAUGAAUUCAAAAAGCUAGCAGAAAGCUCAGCUUCCAGCGAAGAUCUGCUUAUAGCUGAAGUGGGAAUAUCAGAUUAUGGUGAUAAACUGAACACAGUGUUGGGUGAGAAAUACAAGCUGGAUAAGGACAGCUAUCCUAUUUUUUACUUGUUCCAGGAUGGGGACUUUGACAAUCCCUUACCUUACAGUGGCCAAAUAAAAGCCAGUGCUAUUCAGCGUUGGCUGAAGAGUAAAGGCAUCUAUCUGGGAAUGCCAGGCUGCCUACAAGAAUAUGACAUCCUGGCAGGCAAAUUUGUGAGCACCACUAAAGAGUUAGAGCGUCAAGCUCUUCUCAAACAGGGGCAGGACAGUUUAGCAAAAGCCAAGGAAACGGAGAAGAAACGGGCUGAGCAGUACUUGAAAAUCAUGAGUAAAAUCCUGGAGCAAGGAGAGGAGUUUGCUGCUAAUGAAGUUGUCCGGAUCACAAAACUGCUUGAGAAGAACAAAAUGAGUGAUGGGAAGAAGGAGGAGCUCCAGAAAAGCCUAAACAUCCUCGCCUCUUUUCAAAAGAAGAAUAGUGAAAAAGAAGAGCUUUAACUUGCUGGAGAACUUUCUACAAGCUGUGAAAUACUGACACAACGUCCCAUCCAGUUCUCCUUAUGCAAGCAAACUUCCCUUUGACCUCCAGGGAGCAGCAAAAUUCCUUCUAGUGUGCUUGGUGCUUUAGAAAACUCAGAGGAAGGCAUGUUGUCUUUGAAAAAUGACAGUAUUCUGUAGUAGGGAUUCAAACAAUCACCUCUUAAAGUGAAACUGAUUUGUAUUAGUUGAUAAAUACUAUUACACACAGAAAUACAUUAAAAACAGAUUUCAGGUUGCAAAGUCAAACACUCAAAAAUUUUGGAAAUAAUAUAAUUAAGGUUGCCUCUGCAGAACUAUCCCUCCACUGCACUGAAUGGGGGUAGGAGUCCUGUGGAAAAAAUGUGAUCACAUGAUUAAAGACUAUCAUAAUGCACAUGUACAAUAGGGCUGAACUGAGGUUGUACAGUAUCAGAGGGGUAGCCGUGUUAGUCUGGAUCUGUAAAAAGGGUAUUUCCUAACUUUUGAGUAUUUGGCUUUGCAAUCUUAAUAAUCUUUUAAUGUA